AUGAUCUCGCUUGCGCCUGCUUCCCACGCGUCCCUCGGCCCGAAGAGUAUGCCGCCAGCCUCGUCCACUCAUCCUGCAGACGCCGAGACGCAGGCAUGGAACCUGCUCGACGCGCUAGACUGGCCUCGUAGACCUCUGGGAUCGAUACCUAAGCUCAAACCGCUCGAGAUUAGUAUCGGCGACGCGAUCUCAACGACCAGUCCUGACUGGCUGCAAGGCUCGACAUUCAAAUCGUGGGGUGCGAACGAGAGUGCAAAGUCGGCGCCAUGGGAGGAUCUCGUCAUUCCACAUUUUCCAGAUCUCAACUCGAGAGACGGAGAGCAGCGGACUAGUGAACCGAUAUCCGUGGUCGAGCCAAAGAAGGACCAGGAGAUGGGUAUGGUACGGUUCGCGGAAUGGCUUCGGGAGGAAGGGCAGCCCGGAUCGACGGAGCUCUUACAGUAUUACAAGGACGUCCGCUCUCAAGCGGUUCUCAUGCAGGAAGUCAAGGCUAUCAGUCAAGGACUGCACACCACCUACUUUUCAGACCUGGCCGGGAACGCCUCAUUCCGCAACUUUUCGACAAGUCCAGCGCAGUGUCUUCCUGCAUUGCAAUCAGCUGUCCUCGCCAUGAGCUCCGCGGAGGACGAAGUCCUAGACAGACUAUACGCAAGGGAGUUUAAGCGUUUCAUAUCGGGCAAGAUUACUGAGCAAGCAAGCGCAUGCUUGGGAUCGUUUACAGAUACGGUAGGCCGUGGAGAUCUGGGCGAGAUAUACUGUCUCGCUGACCCGCGACAAUAUGAUACACCUCUCGUUUACGUCUCUGAUGGCUUCUGCGAGCUUUCAGAGUACCCCAGAAAUCGCUUGGUAGGGCGCAACUGUCGGUUCCUUCAAGGGCCCGGAACAGAUCCCGAUGCUGUGCGAGUGUUAAGAUAUGCUCUGCGAGAGGGUAAAGAACAUACCUCAUUGUUGCUCAAUUACACUCGUACUGGCAAGCCCUUCUGGAACCUCCUGACAAUGAUCCCACUGCGUAAUGCAAAGGGCAAGAUCGACUUUUACUUAGGCGCACAGAUCAAUGUCACUCGCGCACUCACCUCAAAGAAGACGUUCGACGCCCUGACCGGGAUGGCGGAGAAGGUCCAGCGGCGGACAGACCCGAGGACGGUCAAAAUCGAGUUUAGCGAGGCCGUCUUACUGGCCGCCAAGGGACAGCCUAAUCCUCAAGCGAUCUCGGAACCAUCUACCCCCGCAAGCUCGCUGAACGGGUCAAGAAUGAAAUCGUCAAGCGGGCUACCGUCGCAUGAGACUGUGUCAUCACACUUUAGUGAGGAGCUAGAGGACGCGGGAAAGCCGCAUCGCUGGUACAAAGACUUCAUGGUUCGGAGGCCGAGUGGCGGUAGCAUCUUUAAGAGCGAAUCGACCGAUAGUGCCCUGUCAUCGGCCGGUACACCGAUCGUCCAGGACGUCGAAGCGUCAGUAAAGGAACACAUGGCCAACUUUGCUUCAGUGUACUCCAAGAUCAUCGUCUUCCGAGCCCGUGAUCGGCGCAUCACUCAUAUCACCCCCGCCUUACUUGCUUUCCUGGGCUAUCCUGUCAAGACACCCAAAGACCGCAACGCCUCCCCACUCAUCGGGACCGACGUUCUGAACCUGCUCGCAAGCUCUUCAGCAGCCGAAAUCGCCGUCACCCGCCAGAUCGUUGCCAAGUCUAUAAACGAAUCACUGCCACACUCCUUCUUUACCGGUCUAGCGUCGUAUAGUCACAAGCGCAAAAAGCGGAAUGACGACGAGCAGGUGGAAUUGACAGAGGCGGGCAAGCCGUUCGCCAGGGGUCUGCUGCAUCUGACGCCGGUGAAGGAUGUCAAUGAUGUCGUUGUCAGCUACGUUCUUCUCGUUGGGUGA